CACACACACACAGUCCGAAGCCAGAAACUUAAGCAUUUCCGGAGAAGAAGAGAGGAGAUCCCCUGGGACUCAUUGCUCCAGAGAGAAGGAUGCUACAGCUGAGCUUGUCCUGGCUGGGACUGGGGCUCGUGGCUGCCUCCCCAUGGCAUCUUCUGCUGCUGGGUGGAGCCUCCUGGUGCCUGGUCCGAAUUCUGGUCUGGAUCUAUACCUUCUAUGAGAACUACUGCCGGCUCCGCUGCUUCCCUCAGCCCCCUUCGGGGCACUGGUUUUGGGGUCAUAUGGGCAUGGUCAAGAGCAAUGAGGAAGGCAUGCAGCUGAUGACUGAACUGGGCCACUACUACCCUGACGUCCACCUCUUUUGGUUUGGGGCCUUCUACCCCAUCCUGAGGCUCACCCACCCCAAGUUCAUUGCUCCCGUGCUCCAGGCCCCAGCCGCAGUGGCCCCUAAGGAAAUGACUUUCUAUGGUUUCCUGAAGCCAUGGCUGGGGGAUGGGCUGUUAGUGAGCACUGGAGAGAAAUGGAGCCACCAACGCCGCCUGCUGACACCUGCAUUCCACUUUGACAUCCUGAAGCCUUAUGUGAAGGUUUUUAAUAAGAGUGUGAACAUCAUGCAUGCCAAGUGGCAGCACCUGACCGCCAAGGGCAGCGCCCGUCUGGACAUGUUUGAACACAUCAGCCUCAUGACCUUGGACAGUCUGCAGAAAUGUGUCUUCAGCUUAGACAGCAACUGUCAGGAGUCUCCCAGUGAAUACAUUGCUGCCAUUUUGGAGCUCAGCUCCCUAAUAAUGAAACGGCACUUCCAGCCCAUCCUCUAUGUGGACUUCCUGUACUAUCUCACUGCUGACGGGCGGCGCUUCCGCAAGGCCUGUGACCUGGUGCACAACUUCACAGAUGCUGUCAUCAGGGAGAGACGCCGCACCCUCUCCAGCCAAAGUGUUGAUGAAUCUAUGAAGGCCAAGACUAAGUCUAAGACUUUAGACUUCAUUGAUGUGCUCUUGCUGGCCAAGGAUGAACAUGGAGAGGAGCUGUCUGACGAGGCCAUCCGAGCAGAAGCUGACACCUUCAUGUUUGGAGGUCACGACACCACCGCCAGUGGGCUCUCCUGGACCCUGUACAACCUGGCAAGGCACCCGGAAUACCAGGAGCGCUGCCGGCAGGAGGUGCGGGAGCUGCUGAGGGACCGAGAACCAGAGGAGAUAGAAUGGGACGACCUGGCCCAGCUGCCCUUCCUGACCAUGUGCAUCAAGGAGAGUCUGCGCCUGCAUCCUCCGGUCAUCUCCAUCUCUCGGUGCUGCACCCAGGACAUUGUGCUGCCAGAUGGCCGGGUCAUCCCUAAAGGGAAUGACUGUAUCAUCAGCAUCUUUGGGGUUCAUCACAAUCCUUCAGUCUGGACAGAUCCUGAGACCUACGACCCCUUCCGCUUUGACCCAGAAAACCCUCAGAAGAGAUCACCUCUGGCUUUUAUUCCCUUCUCCGCGGGGCCCAGAAACUGCAUAGGACAGACUUUCGCCAUGAACGAGAUGAAGGUGGCGCUGGCGCUCACACUGCUGCGCUUCCGCCUCCGGCCCGACGACAAGGAGCCGCGCAGGCAGCCGGAGCUGAUCCUGCGCGCAGAGGGCGGGCUGUGGCUGUGGGUGGAGCCGCUGAGCUCAGGAUCUCAGUGACUGGGCCUGGGACUGCCCCACUCACUUUCCUCGGAGAAUCCGGAAUAAGCAGAGCCUCACCGAGAGCCAGCAGGCGGCGCUGCAGGACAGUAGAGAACCACCGGUGGCCUGGAUGAGACAGGUGGCGCUGGUUUCCUCUUGGGUCAUCCACAGGACCUGCAGACUGAUGGGAGUCACCCAAGCUCAAGCGCGGACUUUAUUUUGGCGAUAGAGCCACCAUAGAUGUUUGAGCUGUGAGUUCCUAAACAGCCAGGGCUAUGUAAAGAAACCUAGUCUCACCCUACCCCCCAAAAAUGCGUGAUGGGGGAGCAUUACUCAUAUCCCAUAGGUCUUGUUCUUUGGGGAAAAAACUGGCAGGUGACCUUUGGGCUUGACUGCCUUGGGUGUGCAACCAUUGUUUUCGAGGGAGAAUACCGAAUAGGUAUUUUGGUAGACAUUGGGGCGGACUAUUUCAGUGACUGAUUUCCACAGUUUUAUAGUGCAUCUUAGAAGGAUAAUGGGAAUCCUGCAACUGUAUUUUUAUUUUUGAAUAUUUUUUGAAUCUCCUAUGCCGCUUGUGUUUUCAUAUAAAGUUCACAAUGAAUUUACUCAUGCAAAGAGCCCUGCCGUGAUUUUGAGUUUUCUGUAAAUUAAAGGACCAGGUGAGGAGAAUCAUCAUCUCACUAUUACUGAGCCAUUCUAUCCAUAAAUAUUGUAUAAUUCUGCAUACAAUACUGAGUAAUCCUGGAUUUCUUUCACCCAGUGUCUUGAAGUUCUCAUCACAGAUAAGCCAAAUAUAUUUUGUUCAACU